CUUUUCACAUUACUGUUUCCCGCUUUCCCGCUCCUCCUCCACCAUAGAAAUCUCCACCGUCUUUCUUCUUCUUCUUCAGUAACCGAUCCACUCUCUUCUAUUAGGGCUUCGUUGCUUUGCGUAGAGGCGAAGCUGGAGUACGACCCAAAGAGAAUAAACCUUCAACGCCGGAGAUGGACACUCCUGAUAAGAACCGCAUCCCCGCCGUUUCCUUCCUCAACUUUGAGGAUUCUCCAGUUUUUCAAUAUAUUAAUGACCUCUCGCCCAUAGAGCCAUUAAAGCCAGCACGCCCAGAGAAUAUCUCGCACUCAUUGGCAUUCACAUCUCCGUCUUCUCUAUUUAGUUCGCCGCUGUUAAGCUCUUCCAGAUUUUCCAUGAAAAGGCAUCGUUCUCAAGUUUUAUCUAGUCCAGUAGUUCUCAUUGGUGAGACUGUCAAAAACUCUCCAGAUGCUCUGGAAGCUGUUAAGAUAACUGGUCUGAGUGAGGAGCAGUUGCCAAAUGUUUCUGAAUCCAAGCCAUUUCACGAGCAGAUCUGCUUAGCAAUUGAGUUGGCGAAUUCAUUGAAACACGGACGGGAUGGAGUUGAUGUUCAAAUGGCUUCUUCUGAUGACGAACCAAUGGAUGCUGAUAUUGAAAUAGGAAGAAGUGGUGGAUCGAGAGAGCUGUCUGAUGAGUUAUGUAUACAGUCUAAUGAUCCAGCUGACUUUGAUGCUGAUUCAGAAGUGGUACUUCAAACUGAAGAAAUGGAAGCCCACAGUGUGUUUGGUACAGAAAAAAGCAUGUUUGAUGUUGCUGGUAUCCAGAACAGUGAGCAGCAGAUUCCGAAGAUCACUGCUCCUAUAUUUGAUUCUUUUGCUUCUGAGCCCCAGCAGUUUUCUAUCUGUUGUAAUAACUCAGCAAAUGUAGUUGAUCCUGGAUGUUCUUACAGUGUACAAGUUGCAGCUGGAGCUCCAGACAUUACUCUCAGCAGUUCCCCCAAGCAACGAAGUGUCCGCAGGCGCUGCUUGACUUUUGAUGUGGGAGGAUCUCACAAAAGGAUACCUUUGCGUGAUUCUACUAACGAUCUAUCUCUUGAUUUGACCUCUAUCAACAAAGCUCCUAGUCCACAAGAGUGUUCAGACACCAGCAAACAAGAUACUGAUGGGAUUCUACCCCUAGCACUAACGAUUGGCCUGCACUUGAAUGGUCUCGUGAACCCCUCAGUCUCAGGUGACCGAAAUAAAAAAAGUUUCAAAGAUGGUCGGUUUUUCCCUCUUGGUCCUACAACAUUUCAUCAUAAUAUUGAAGAUGAAUAUUCAACCCCUGUCUCAACAAAAAGAGAUUUAGUAUACAGUGAUAUCAAAUUCAUGGAGAGUCCUGAGAGAUCACUGGAAGGAAAAUGUUUUGACCAACACAUGGCAACAGAAUAUAGGCAAUUGUUUCAAGGACUUGACGAACUUGGCAGCUGUAAGCGCUGUAACUGUAGGAAAUCCAAAUGCUUGAAGCUGUACUGCGAUUGUUUUUCUGCUGGUCUAUACUGUGUUGAACCUUGUUCAUGUCAAGAUUGUUUCAAUAAGCCCAUUCACGAAGACCUAGUUAUGAAAACUCGUGAAGUGAUUGAAGCUCGCAAUCCAUUAGCUUUUGCUCCAAAAGUGGUCUCGACUUCUAAUUCUGCUAUAAAUUUAUGGGACGAGAACAGCAAGACUCCUGCUUCAGCAAGACAUACCAGAGGAUGCAAUUGCAAGAAAUCAGGCUGCUUAAAGAAAUAUUGUGAAUGCUUUAUGAUGGGCGUUGGAUGCUCCUCGAACUGCAGAUGCAUGGGAUGCAAGAAUAAUUUUGAUCACACAAACGAGAAAUGUGCGGGAGAAUCUGAUGCGGUUACAAUCAAUGAUGAAGUUAAAGAUAAUGAUUAUCAUGGCGGUGCUUCAAGUUCCGGGUUCUCAUUCUCAGCCAAAACGAAGAUACCUCAAAGAGAGAGAGAAGGAACCGCGUUUUGCUCCCAAGUUCUGUAGCAUUCCGUUCCUUAGCAUCACUGUAAAAACUCUCUGAAUACUGACUUCUCAGAGUUCAGAAACACCAAGUGAAGAACCAGGAGACUGUACCGCCAACGAGUCAAUCAUUCAAAAUCACUGUAUGAAAGCUGUGUCGUGGGUUUCGUUUGGUCUCACUUUCAUAUGUUUUUUCCAAGUCUGGUAGGUAUAUAUAUAAAUAUAAUCUGUAUGGAAGAUUUUUGCUUAGGAUGUGAAUGUGCGUGUGUCUGUUUUGAUCUGUUCUUUAAUUAUGUAGUGCUUGUGUUUCACUGAAGAAAGUUUUGUAAUCUCCUUCCUCUGUUCUUAUUUUGUUCUCUCUCAUGGUUGCUAA